UGGAGGAGUACAGGCCCUGGAGGGAGGGCAGGGGGGUGCAGAUGAGAAGACGUCUGCUAUUCUUGACGUCAGGAGGAGAAGUCUGAGCGCACGAGCACAGCAACCACAUCGCUCCCAGCGGGAAGGAGAGCACAUCACAGCUACACAUCGCCAUUCAGCUGUUGUGUGGCAAAUCCUCUCUGCAUUGUAGGAUGCCUCUUGGAGAGGAUGGAAACGGAUGGAAAAAGAAGACAUCAGACAUCAAAGAACAUUAUGACUUCAAAGAAGUGCUGGGAACGGGAGCUUUCUCAGAGGUGGUUCUAGCAGAGGAGAGGGGGACCCAGAGGCUGGUGGCCAUCAAGUGUAUCCCCAAGAAGGCGCUGGAAGGCAAGGAGAACAACAUCGAGAAUGAGAUCGCCGUACUACACAGAAUCAAGCACCCCAAUAUUGUGUCACUGGAGGACAUCUUUGAAAGCACAUCUCAUCUGUAUCUUGUCAUGCAGCUGGUAUCUGGAGGUGAGUUGUUCGACAGGAUUGUGGAGAAAGGUUUCUACACGGAGAGAGAUGCCAGCCAACUCAUCCACCAGAUCUUAGAUGCAGUCAAAUACCUCCAUGACAUGGGGAUCGUCCACAGAGACCUAAAGCCGGAGAAUCUGCUGUACUACAGUAUGGACGAAGACUCCAAAAUCAUGAUCAGUGACUUUGGUCUGUCAAAGAUUGAGGGAGCGGGCAGUGUCAUGUCCACAGCCUGUGGUACUCCAGGAUACGUGGCUCCCGAGGUACUCGCUCAGAAGCCGUACAGCAAGGCGGUGGACUGCUGGUCCAUAGGGGUGAUUUCAUAUAUUCUAUUGUGUGGAUAUCCUCCGUUUUAUGAUGAAAAUGAUGCCAAGCUAUUCGAGCAGAUUCUGAAAGCGGAGUAUGAGUUUGAUUCUCCGUACUGGGAUGACAUCUCAGAUUCAGCCAAAGACUUCAUAUGCCACCUGAUGGAGAAAGAGUCCAUGAAGAGAUACACAUGCGAGCAGGCCCUUCAACAUCCAUGGAUCUGUGGAGACACGGCUCUGGACAAGAAUAUCCAUGAAUCUGUCAGUGCUCAAAUCAAGAAGAACUUCGCCAAAAGUAAAUGGAAGCAAGCAUUUAAUGCCACAGCGGUGGUGCGCCACAUGCGGAGGCUGCAGCUGGGCACGAGUCUCGAGGGACCCAGCCAGAUUACUCCCACCAGUCCCUGCCAUGGACUUCUGCUCCCAGAGGAGGAGGAGGAGGAGGAAGAUGAGCUCGGAAAUGGGGAAGAGGAGAGCUUGUCCCACUAUGAAGACGGUCGUCGUGGGAGCACUGAGGGCAGCGCGGAUCGUGACAGCCUGAGAAGCUGCACCUACUGCUGCAGGCCGGCCAGUCGCGUCUGAGCACAACCUCCUGUCGUCAUGGUGACUUUGUAUCCCUGGAGCGCCCAGAGCCUGCCCCGCCCAGUCUGGCCAGGAAUGCAGAGUAGUUAUCAGGCAGGGUCCACAGCAAGCAGGUCACUGUCACAGUGUGGGGAAACAUGCCACAAGUUUUGUCCCCAAACGCAAGACUCACACGUUAAGUUCAACCUUUGCUGCAGAACAGAAUGCACGGCUGAUUUACAAAAAAAAAAAAAGAGGCCUUCCUGCAUGAUUAUUCUGAAAUAAACCCCUUAGCAACUGAACAUGAAGUUGUGCAUUGUGCACAUAGACUGCACAAAAAGAUGGACGGUGUGAAAGUUCCUAAAGGUAAAGCUAAACAUUUAGAGCCCCCCCUGGUCACUGGCUGCAGAUUAGGUCAUAAAGCCUGCCUUCUCCAUGUUAACAAUUUGGACAUGGAUUCGAUUUUAAAUUCAAAAUAGACAUUUCAGUCAUGGUUUCUGUCUAUAUAGAUCAUUAUUUUUUUCUGGUUGAUGUGCAAGUGUUAAUUUUCAGAGAAGCUAAGUUAAAUUAAUUUUUUGAUGGUAAAAAAUAGGGGGUGUGACGCUAUAAUUGACAACCCUGUUGUCCUGCAGUGUUCUGUAGCAGAGUAGGGGAGGAUUGUAAAGGAAAACAUGACAAAUGUUUACACAAGGGUCAUUGACAUUUCUGUAACUGAGUUUGUAUCACUAAGAACCAACACAAGGAUCUGUUAAGUUGUAGACUGUGCCGACUUGAAGGCUCUUUGCCAUCAUACUGAUAAGUCAAGGAAAGUUUUGGUUAUCAGAGGGGGUUUACCAAGUUUCCACCAGUCAGAUCAUCUUUGAGCAUACCCUGGCUUCAAUAUACUACAUCACCAGCUCGAGAUUUCAGCGCCCAUCCCAGGGGGUAUUUUGGCUUCAAUUUUUAAAUUAUAAAGAUACAGAGGCACAUUGUCCAUUUACAGCCAAUGAUUGUGCAGCUGUAGCAGACAUCACUAGGGGUGGAUCCAGACCUGUUUAACCGGGGGGACCAAGUGGGGCAGAGGCGUAAAGUAUGUUUGAACACAUACACAGAUGAAUAACGUUUAUUUACCAUUUCCAUCUCUUGGAAUUAUAUCUAAUUUUACAGUUAAC